AUGUUUGGGGCCUUCAGGAUGACGAAUCCCCUCAGCGGGGGUCUUCUAUGGAAGAUCCCCUGGCGGCUGUCCAAGUUCCAGAAGGCGCGGCAACGCAAGCGGUUAAAGGCCGUCGACAGCGUCAUCGCCACGCUCGACACCGCCCUGGCGAAGAAGGGCGAGACGCUCAAGGCCCUGGAGCUGUGGAAGGCCGAGAUGCCCACCGAGGCCGAGAUGCUGCCGAAAGACAAGUACACCAUUUUCGACCGGAAAGCGAAGAGAUACCGCAAGGGCAUCCACAAGGUCCCCAAGUGGACCAGAGUUUCGCAGAGACUCAACCCGCCCGGCUACUAA